AUGAAGUUGUUAUUGCCGAUAACCACUAUAAUAAUAAUAGCCCUAACCCUACAUAUAACAUGUUCAUCAUUAUCAUCAUCAAGAGUCUAUUAUUCAACAUAUUCAAAGCCAUCGCUACCUAUUAAAAGAUAUGCAUCACAUCAACAACAGUACAGAUAUGUUAACCAACAACAACAACAAUACUAUCCGUAUAAGUAUUAUAAAAGUCAAUACAGUAAACCCACGUAUUAUUAUCAAUCAGUCGGCAAUCCCUAUGUCCAAUACCAGCCAUUUGGUUCCUAUAAUGAUCCCUAUUAUGUUGUCUAUUAUGAUAAGCCAUCGUAUGCUAGUUCCAGACCGGUAUACAAAAAGCCGACCUAUCAGUACACAAGCCUAUCAGUGCCGUCGACGCCAGUCGUACGCAAUGAAGAGCCCAUAAGCUGUGGCGCUAGCAAUCAGGGCUAUACCCGAGAUCUGGUCGAUUGCAACAAAUUUGGCAAAUGUGUUAAAAGCGAUGCUUACGGCAGUUAUCAGAUAUUUACGUUCAGUUGUCCCGCGGGACUGAUGUUUGAUGAAAAACUUCAAACAUGUAAUUACGCAGAACUGGUCCCAGAAUGCCAGCCAACUCAGUAUCCACCCGUUCGCGAGAAAAUGCCGGUCGGGUCGGCAGUUAGCAGUUCUUCAAGUGGUGAGUCAGCUGUAGGAGCUGUAGACAAACACCGGCCACAUCCAGGCGAUGACGUCCAGAAAGAGGCUCACGAAGAGGAAAACAAGGAGGCGAUGGAUAAGCACUUAGAGGAGCAAAAUGAGUUGGAGAGACAACGCGAGAAACAUCGUCCGUCAAAACAUCGGCCACACGUUGAACAACAACACGAAGAACACGAACCGCAACAACACGAAGAAGAACACGAACCACAACAACAGGAACAACAACAAGAAGAGGAACAACCCGUACAACAACAAGAACAACAACAACAGCAACAGGAAGAAGAAAACGAAAUACAACAACAACAACAGGAAGAAGAAAAGCCGGUCCAACAACAGGAGCAACAACAACAAGAAGAGGAACAGCCAGUUCAACAACAAGAACAGCAGCAACAGCAACAAGAAGAAGAAGAACAACCCGUUCAACAACAACAACAACAGGAAGAACAGCAACAGGAAACACAACAACAACAGCAACAACAAGAAGAAGACGACAAUGAUGUCCAACAACAACAGCAACAAGAAGAGGAACAGCCUGUCCAACAGCAGCAGCAACAACAACAAGGAGGAGGACAGGGAUAUGAUGAAGACGAAGAUGACAAGCGGGCCAGAGUUCAGCCGUCAUUGGAAAUUGCGGCCCAAUUGAGAACCGGUACUAAAGGUGGUAGUAAACCAUCACCUAUUAAGGGACCGACAACUACCACAACCAAAGCCCCACCAGUCAAAGGACCGCAUUCAACAACCAGUGCACCCGUCAAAGGUUCACCAAAACCUACAACUUCUAAACCACCAGUCAAGGGACCAUCGACUACAGUAACAUCGCCUCCUGUUAAGGGGCCCUCCACUACUACAACUCAAAAACCACCUGUGAAAGGCCCACAAAGUACUACACCUAAACCACCUGUUAAGGGGCCAACCACUACAACAACCCGUGCACCUGUAAAAGGUCCAUCGAGUACCAGUGCUGCUCCUAUUAAGGGUUCGUCAACAACGUCCAGUGCUCCCACCAAAGGUCCAUCAUCUUCGCGGCCAUCAAAACGUCCUAAAACUCGUCCACCAAUGAGACUAACAACUCAAAGCACAUCAGCAGUUACCGAGUCCAGCCAAUCGACAAUAACAUCUACUGUAGCGCCGACUAUAACAGUUCCCACCACUCGAAGCCCGCGACCGUCGCGACGAACAACACCCAAAAAUAAGCCGAAACCGCAGUUCAAACCGAGACCGUCAACUCCCCCGUCGGCUGAUGGAGAUGUGGCCGAAGUUGUGGUGGACGACGAACUGAUUCAAGAAAAGAAAUAA